AUGGAUGAGCCAAAUUUGGGCAGGUCCUCAGAGUUGGCCUUCAUUAAGGAACCCAAUGAUAUCAUAGCUGUGAGGGAUCGCCCCCUGAUGCUGGACUGUCAGGUGGAAGGUGAGGGUCCUAUUACAGUGACAUGGCGUAGGAACGGCGUGCCCAUUCCCACUGGACAGAGAGUCAGCAUACUGGACAACGGCACGCUCCUCAUUCACAACUUCCAGAAACGUCGAGAGAGCAACGAGACGGAUGCUGGAGAGUACGACUGCGCUGCGCAGAACCGUUACGGCAUGCUGAUCAGCCGCAAAGCCCGGGUCCAACUGGCGUCUCUGCCAAAGUUUCACAUUCAUCCUGAGUCAAUGACUGUUGAUGAGGGUGGGGUUGCCCGACUCCACUGUGCAGUAAACGGAAUCCCUGAGGCCACCAUCAUUUGGGAGAGGAACAGAACCACACUCAACACUGAUAAUACCAGGUACACUCUGCUCCCCACAGGCAUUCUGCACAUCACUGGGGUGCAGCGGGCAGAUGUUGGACUUUACCGCUGCGUGGCCCAAAACAUCGCCAACACCCGUUACAGCCACGAGGCCCUGCUCUCUGUUACCGUGGCAGCACCUCGUCGUUACAAGGAGCCUGUGAUCCUCUCGGGUCCUCAGAACCUGACCAUUACCGUCCAUCAGACAGCCAUCCUGGAAUGCAUCGCCACGGGCAACCCGCGGCCCAUUGUGUCUUGGAGUAGAUUAGAUGGGCGCUCCAUCGGAGUGGAGGGCAUCCAGGUGCUUGGCACAGGGAAUCUGAUGAUUUCAGAUGUGUCCCUGCAGCACUCUGGGGUGUAUGUGUGCUCUGCCAACCGCCCGGGCACCAGGAUGAGACGUACCGCGUUGGGCAGAUUGGUGGUACAAGCUCCUCCUGAGUUCCUGCAGUGGCCGCAGUCUGUGUCUAAGCCAGUAGGGGGCAGUGCGGUGUUUACCUGCUUGGCUCAGGGUGUCCCAGAGCCCCAUCUGAUCUGGUUAAAGAAUGGCAAGAUUCUUACUCCAGGAGACAACGUCAAACUCACUAACAAUAACAGUACGUUGGCUGUGACACGUAUCACCUCUGAAGAUGAAGCUAUAUAUCAGUGUAUAGCAGAAAACAGCGCCGGUACAAACCAGGCUAGCGCGCGACUGGCCGUAUCCAUGUCCAGUGACUUACCUGAAGCCCCCCAGGACCUGAAGGCCACUCCACUCUCCCCUACCACCCUGCAGCUAAGCUGGGCCCAGCCAGCCCCUGAAAUCACAGAUGGAAUCAUUGGAUACGUUCUACAUAUCCGCAUGUUAGGAGAACCUGACAGUAAAGAGCUACAGGAAGCUGUCAGUAAAACCACUUUUAAGCAUGAUUUCAACAACUUGGAACCUGCCACCACCUAUUCUAUCUACCUCAAAGCUUACUCUCCUCUGGGAGCCAGCCAGCAGUCCAACACUGUCAUUGCCACAACCUUAGGGGGAGUGCCCUCUAUGCCCAGUUUCUUCACUAAGGUGCUGAACAGCACAGCCAUGCAGGUGUUUUGGGAGUUGCCUAGUAAACCAGGGAAGGUGGAGGGCUUUAAACUCUCCUACCGUGUGGUUCCGCAGGAGCAGUUCACUGGAGAGGAGCGUUUGCCCUGUCAUAUCAACACACACACCAUCUCACACCUCGAACCUGCAGCGGUGUAUGAAAUACAGUUGGUUGCUUACAAUGGUAACGGAGACAGUCUCAGCAAUAAGCGUUUGGUUUCCCUUGCUGAGACUGGCAGCAGUGGCAAAACAAAUUCUGGUGGGCAAAGCCUGUGUGACUGCAGACAAGAUGGUGAGAGCUCUAUGACUGGCAUUGUGGUUGGCAUCCACAUUGGCAUGGCUUGCAUCAUUUUCUGCGUGCUGUUUCUCAUGUUCGGAUACCGCCGCAGUUUCCUCUGCAGGAAGGGGACUCAGAACAACUGGACACUACCACAGAGGGGACAGACAGAACAGACAGGACAAAGGGACGGUGUUCCUAAAGAAGGCCUGAUCCGCACCACUGAGGCCAUAGAACUAAUGCCUCAGAGAGUGGGCUCCACCCAGGGGAGGCCAGCAGAGUGCCAGUCUGCCAUGGCACAAUGCCAGGUCCUCAUUGAGGAACAGCCGAGCAACCCUGGCACAGGCAUGGGCUGA